AUGACAUCCAUUACUAAUAAUAAUAAUCAACAUCAAGUUUAUUAUAAUAAAGGAUUUGAAAAAUCUAUUUCUGAUACUCAUUCAUGGAGAACAGUUAAAAAUUCAGCUAAUUAUGUUAUUCCAUUAAUUAAACCAAAUUUUAAAAUAUUAGAUGUUGGAUGUGGACCUGGUUCAAUAACUAUAGAUUUUGCACAAAAUUAUUUAUCAAAUGGUAAUAAUGGUGGUGAGGGUGGUUCAAUUAUUGGUAUUGAACCAACACAAGAAUUAAUUGAUAUUGCUAAUGAAAAUAAAUUAAAAUUGGUUCCUAAUUUAACCAAUAUUUCAUUUCAAAUUGGAUCAAUUUAUGAAUUACCAUUUGAUGAUAAUACAUUUGAUUUAGUUCAUGCUCAUCAAGUUAUUAUUCAUUUACAAGAUCCUAUUAAAGCAUUAAAAGAAUUGAAAAGAGUGACUAAACCUGAAGGAUUUGUUUGUAUUAGAGAUGCUGAUUUAGAAUCAAGUAUUGUUUACCCCAAUAAAUUUUCAUUAUUAAAUGAUUUUUAUGUAAUUAAAGCUAAAAAUGCUAUAUCUACUGAUACUCAAGCUGGAAGAAAAUUAAGAAUUAAAGCAUUACAAGCAGGAUAUGAAUCAAAAAAUUUGAAAACUUCAUUUUCUUCAUGGUUAUUAACUGAUGAUUUAAAUUUAAAACAAUCUUGGGUCAAUUCAACUAUUAAUAGAAUUAAAAGUGAUGUAGAAAAAUUGGAUCCAAAUGAUAUUGAAAAAAAUAAACAAUUGAAUGAAAAAUUUAUAAAAUUAUGGCAAGAUUGGUUAAAAGAUGAAACUUCAAUGUUUAAUAUGAAUCAUUUUGAAAUUAUUUAUCAAAAACCUACAUAA